GCUAGUUAUCACUUGGCGUUAACAGAGAACAGAGAAGGACGCGACCAAGCGUAGUUAGAAGGCGGCGCAAGCGUAGGCUGCGCCGGAGUUUACUUUAAAAAUGAUGGACUAAUAUUACGGAUGAUUCUGCUUUUCUUUGUUUCAGCGUCUGAUGAGCAAACGAGAGCGCAGAACAUCUGGGAGAGAGAAAGACGAAGCGGGAGAGAGAGCGUGAGAGGGAUCAGAUCCAUUGGAACUCCACAGCAGCACACAGGAGCAACAAGACGAGAAUGGGAAAUACAGACAGCCAGCAGAGCGGCCUCACCCUCCCAGGCAAGCCGCGGGCAUGCUCACUGAAGCUGCACCCCUCCAGAGAAGCGGUCCUCUCACCCCACAGCUGGUGGAGGAGCACAGGUGGGGCACCAGGCUACAAGGCCCGCUGGCCGUCCCGAAGUGGCUUGUCCCAGCACAAAAGCAACCAGCCUUACGUCUCCUGCCACUACGAGUACAUUAGCAAUAAGCAGCAUCCUGGGUCCCUUCGUUGCAGCGAGCGGGACCAUGAGCCACUCACGGCCCAGGGGACCGGCUGCUAUGCUGGAUACAGCCGACAGGACGAGGGUUGUGGCCCCUCUCCUACGGUGCAGAACUCCUCCUCAGAGCCUCUUCAGAACAGGAGCAGUCCCAAGGUGCUCUUCAGUGAAGACGGCAGCCUGAGGGUGGAGUUCACGACUGGCAGGCGAGAGAUGGACGACCAGCUCCCUCUGGCCGGCCGCGCUACGGGGACCUCCGACUCCACGCUGCGGGACAGUAAGGGCAGCUCUCUCAGCUCCGAGGCCUCCUGGUACGAUUCCCCGUGGGGCCCCAGCAUGGAGCUCUGUGACAGCGUCUUCACCCCUGGCCAGCCUUCAGAUGACAGCAGCGGCUACACCACGCUCUCCUCCACCCAGACCGAGGACGUGGGUGGCUCUCCGGCCCCGAUGGAGGGCCAGGUGAGCCAGCUCCUUUGCCAGGCCGGGCUGAGCGCCAGCCAGUGCACUGGAAAUGGCUGCAGCACCAACAGCUGCAACACCACCGGGCUAACCGAUGAGGACAGCGGCAUCUGCGACUUGGUCCUGCUCCCACUGGAGCAGAAGGACUUCGAGCUGAGCUCCGUUACCGACCUGUGCACCCACCCGAAGCUGAGUGUGCCUUUUCCCACCCAUGACAUCUUCCCUGCAGCUCAAGACCAGGACAUUCCCAAGCCCGAGCACCUGGACGCGCCCUCUCAGGAGCAGAGCCCGGACACCUGGGCGUUCUCCUCGCUCACCCUGCCCUGCAGAAAGUCUGUCCCCGACGGCGACACCAGGAAAGGCUCGCUCAAGAGCCGCAUCCGCCGUCUUGGCGACUGGACGGGAAGCCUGAGCAGGAAGAAGCGGAGGUUGCAGGACCCCAGCACCCUAGAAGCCUCUGAGGCCUUUAUCAGCGGGGUGGACGGCCUGGCGGGAGACUCCGUCAGCCCUUGGUGGACUCUGGCGUCCAACCAGAUGCAGUCGUCCUGCUCCUUGACCGACCCAUAUGCCCAGCGGGGCCAGAGUGCCACCGUCCGGCAGAACAUCUACAAGAACUUCAUGCAGGAGCUGGAGGCAGGCAGCGACGGAGGAGGUGUGGCUGACGCCCUCCAGGCGUGGGAGGUUGGCGGCGAUGUGGGCGAGAGCAGCAGCAGCUCUCUGGGCUCCCUGGAGCAGAUGGACCUUCUGUUCGAGAAAGAACAAGGGGUGGUGCGCAGGGCAGGGUGGCUGGCCUUCAAGCCCCUUAUCAGCCUUCAUAAGGACCGCAAGCUGGAGUUGGUGGCACGCCGCAGGUGGAGGCAGUACUGGGUCACACUCAAAGGCUGCAUGUUACUGUUGAGUGAAGCCAAUAGCAAGGGCUGUCUGGAGCAGGAGACCAUCCCACGCUACGCCCUGCUGGCAGAGGACAGCAUCGUGCAGGCUGUCCCCGAACACCCAAAGAAGGAAUACGUCUUCUGUUUGAGCAACGCUUUUGGAGAUGUCUACCUGUUUCAGGCUGCGAACCAGACGGACGUGGAGAACUGGGUGACGGCCAUCCACUCAGCCUGCGCGUCCCACGUGGCCAAGCGUCAGGGCAGGGAGGACACAGUGCGGCUGCUGAGGAACCAGAGCAGAGCCUUGCUGCAGAAGAUCGACAUGGAUGGCAAGAUGAAGAAGAUGGCAGAGCUGCAGCUGUCUGUCAUUAGCGACCAGAAGAACAGGAAGGCGGUCGAGAGCCAGAUCCAGCAGUGGGAGCAGAAUCUGGAGAAGUUCAACGUAGAACUGUUCCGCAUACGCUGCUACCUGGCCAGUCUGCAGGGCACUGAGACGCCCAAUCCCAAGAACCUGCUGGCUGUCGCGGGACGCCCGUCCAAGAUGGCGCUCAGCCGCCUCGGAAUUUUCUCUGUCUCAUCUUUCCAUGCCCUGAUGUGCACUCGUGCUGAGGCUACUCUGAAGAGGCGCUGGCGCUCCCAGUCUCGAGGCAUGAGGACCAGGCGGGGAAUCUUCUCCUCUCAGAAGGGUCUGGACAGCCUGAGCAGACACGACAGCGAAAAGAGACAGUCUCUGUCCCAGAUAUUUGAGGGACACCCCCCUGGACCUCUCUGCCAUCCGCCCACUCCGAGCUGCUCGGAGCAGAGACUGGACAGUUUUGGCAAACUGCAUUCUACAGCGCCACCCGAUGGUCAUUCUUGGGACUGCGGCACAGAGAGCCUGCUGACCGUGUACAUGCUUGACGAUGAGACUGUCAGGAUUCCUGUAAAGCAGGAUUUCCUAGUGGCUGACAUUCUCUCUUUGGCUUGCAAGGACAGGCAGCUGGACCCGAUGAUACACUGCCUGCGUGUGAAGAGGUGCUCGGGUGAGGCUGUGGAGACGAGCACACCGGCUCCCUCUGACUUGCUUAGAGACCUGGUGUAUGAUGAGCUCGAGGUUCGCCCUCUUGACUUGCUCAGCUUCAACAUGUCACGACCAGGCCCAGACACUGAUUUUGGGUUCUUUGUGACAGGCCACGUAGAUGGCAUGAGGAGAACUCACAUCUACGUGAGUGAGGUGCAUUCUGGGAGCCUGGCAUUCAUCGAGGGACUGCGGGAGGGAGAUGAGAUCCUGGCUGUGAAUGGGCUGAGCAUGUCCACUCUGGACCUGGGCCUUAUGCAGACCUCCUUCGGCCAGCAGAGCCUCCAGCUGGUUGUCCGGCGAGAGGAACCCGAUGAGCAGAGCAAAAUCUGGCCAGACUGCGAUUCCAGCGUCCCCUACUGCCCACUUCUGCCACUCAGCCAAAGCCCCCACACACAGCUGGUAUCUUCAGAUGUGUCACCCCUGCCUGAAGAGGCACAUAACAAGGCAAGCCAGUGCAGAAAGAGCGUGGAGACACUGAACACUCUGUGCCAGGUCCUCCCAGAGGAGCCAGGGAUCACGGCGGAUGGCCACGACAGCCCUUACUCCACUGACAGCGCCCCUACCAGGCGCAGCCCACGCCACAUGUCUGUCACUGAGAGACUGUGGAAGGUUAUUCAGGAGCUUGUGGACACUGAGAAGUCCUAUGUGAAGGAUCUGGGCUGUCUGUUUGAGAUUUACCUAAAACCAUUAGAGAGAGAAACAUUUCUAAGUCUUGGAGAGAUGGAGUCUCUGUUUGGCAGCCUUCCAGAGAUGCUGGAUUUCCAGAGAGUGUUCCUGCAGACCCUGGAGGAGAGGACUACAUCACCUCUGGAUUUGAGAACACUCGAGACUCCAGAACAGCUGAAGAAAAUGCUUUUCUCACUGGGUGGAUCCUUUCUGUACUAUGCUGAUCAUUUUAAACUCUACAGUGGCUUCUGCGCCAAUCACAUUAAAGUCCAGAAAGUUCUAGAACGAGCAAAGACAGACAGAGCUUUCAAAGAGUUCCUGGAAGCCAGGAACCCCACAAAGCAGCACUCAUCCACACUGGAGUCCUACCUCAUUAAGCCUGUGCAGAGAGUGCUCAAAUACCCUCUACUGCUGAGGGAGCUGGUGUCCCUGACUGACCCAGAGAGCGAGGAGCACAGCCAUCUUACAGAGGCGCUGAGGGCCAUGGAGAAGGUGGCCAGCCACAUCAAUGAGAUGCAGAAGAUAUACGAAGACUACGGCAUUGUGUUCGACCAGCUGGUGGCAGAGCAGAGCAGCACUGAGAAGGAGGUUACGGAGAUCUCCAUAGGAGAGUUCCUCAUCCAUAGCGCCGCACUCUGGCUGAACCCCUUGCCCUCUCUGGGCCGCAUGAGGAAAGAGCCUGAACUCACACUCUUCAUCUUCAAACGAGCUAUUAUUUUGGUGUAUCGUGAUAGCAGCAAGCUGAAGAAAAGGAUGACUGCCUCCCGCUCUGGUGAUCUGGACCCUUUCAAAUUCCGAUGGCUCAUUCCUUCCUCGUGUCUACAUGUUCGACCUGGAAACUCAGCAGGAUCUGAGAACCCUUGUCUUUGGGAAUUAGUUCAUACAAAGUCAGAGUUGGAAGGAAGACCAGAGACAGUUUUCCAGCUCUGCAGCAGUAGUCUGCAGAGCAAGGCCAGGGCAGUGAAGGCCAUCCGCUGUCUCCUGAGAGAAAAUGCCAGAAGGAACGCUCCACCUGAGAAAGCAUUCAGAGGCAACCUCACCUUCCCGAGGAGGAGCCACCCUUUGGCAGGCAGGAGCGGCUCCUGGCUCGAGAGGCUGCAUCCUCAGGCAGAAGCUCAUAAAGGCAGACCUCUAAAUGAGAGCGGGCUGCUCGGUGGAGACACGCAUUCGGAGCCCGCGCUUCCCAGCCACCCGCAUGGCGCACCUGGAGACAAGAUCUCCAACCUGUGUAAGAGGGCCAGGCUAGGCUCCCUAACCAGCUCCUUGGAGGCCCAGCUGCAGAGCCUCACAUUCUCAGAGGAGCCGCCAGGAGCAAGCUGGCGGCCGUCCAACGACCUGCAGGCCAGUCAGAUCGCCCUGCUCAAGGAUUCCAGUAAAGUGGACCUUAGCUCCCUGCUGGCCAGGGACUACAGUGUGCAGAGUCUGUCUUCUGUGGUGACCGAGGAUUGCUUCUAUGACACAGUCAUGGGCAUCCAGAAAGCCACUAUCCCUACACUAUAGACACAACAAAAUGGUUCAGUGUUGACGUAACACCUACAGUGUUGAAUUUACUUUUACAGUGUUCACUUUUGUCCAGCUGGACUUACAUAAACAAUGUUGUGUUAAUUUAACCCUGAGGCUUUUCGCUGUGGAGGGACCAAUGGCUUGGGAUUCUGAGAACACCCACAAAUGACCUUAAACCUAAGAUGAACUUGGCUUCUGACCUCUACUCAGACUGUGGAUAGAUCGUAAAGACAUAACAUAAAGAUCAGCUGCAGUGUGUAUGUUUGUCCAACACACUGCCUUGCAUUCUGAGCACUACACACACAGGUUGCCUUCUCUGAGCUGAUGUAUGAGCAAGCCAAGGUUAUCCUUUUUGUGAAUAUUGUGGCUUUAUAGUUCUGCUUUCUGACAAAGGCUUUUCAGUCCUGGAACAUCUUAAUUUAAUGAAUUGAACAAAUGUUUGAAUUUUUUAACUUGAACAAGGAAAUUCCUAAAUCUAAAUAUUUUCUAAAUUAUAAAUGUAUGUCAUUUUUAUGUGGUGUGUGUGUGUGUAGUUUUUUCCAGUGUUCAUAUGUUUGCUGACUGAUGUGGUAAACUCACAUACCUUAGGUAAAAAAUAUUGGAAUACAUUCCUUUGUGCUUUACGGCAAUUUACUGUACUGUAAGUACCUCCUAAAAUAUUGUCUUUUGUAGUGUUAUGUAAUUUAUUUGUAAAAUAUGAUAUAUUCACUACUUGAGAGUGCUUGACCUUUGUAAAAAAAAAUAAGCUUAUAUUGUAAUAUUUAAUAAAAUCUCUCUUGCACUCUUCUG